CCCACUCUCGCUGCCCGGUGCCAGGAGAGGCGAUGGCUGGAGGACAGGGUGUCCUGCUGGCGCUGCUGGCUGUGCUGACCCUGCAGGGCGUGGGGGCUGUGAAAGUGGGCAACGUGCUGAUCCAGGCUGAUUUCUACCAGCGGGAUGAGAGGCUGCAGCAGGAGGGCGGCCAGUUCAUGUUUGAUUUUGACGGGGACGAGCUCUUCCACGUGGAUCUGCAGAAGACAGAGACCGUCUGGCGCCUGCCCGAGUUCGGGAACUUCGCCACCUUCGAGGCGCAGAGAGCGCUGCAGAACAUGGCUGUACUCAAACAGAACUUGGCAGUCACGAUGAAAAGGUCCAACCGCUCACAGGCAACCACCGUGCCACCCGAGGCAACGGUGUUCUCCGAGGACCCUGUGGAGCUGGGGGACCCCAACGUCCUGAUCUGUUACGUGGACAAGUUCUGGCCAUCCGUGAUCUCCAUCAGGUGGCUGAAGAACGGGCAGCAGGUGACAGACGGUGUCCUCGAGACUAUUUUCUACCGAGGGCAGGACUUCACCUUCCGCAAGUUCUCCUACUUGCCCUUCAUCCCCACCCGGGGGGACUACUACGACUGCCGCGUGGAGCAUGAGGGGCUGUCCACCGCCCUCCUGAAGCACUGGGAGCCCCAGGUGCCCCUCCCCGCCUCCGAGAGCACCGAGACCCUGGUGUGCGCCCUGGGCCUGGCCGUGGGCAUCGUCGGUAUCAUCGUGGGCACCAUCCUCAUCAUCAAGGCCAUGAAGAUGAACAGCGCCCGCAACCAGCGGGACCCCUUGUGAGGGGGCAGAGCCCAGGGCUCCCUGCCUCCCCCCAGCCAGACCCUCUGCACCUUCAUCCAGCCCUCGCCUCAGCCUGGUGGGAGCUGCCCCAUAUCCCUGCCCCACCUCAUCAGCACCCCCUUCUCCCGUGCGCACCACACACAGACAUGCUAGAGACAGCUCCAGAGCCAGACCCGGCAGUGGCCCGUCCCCACAGGGGGCUGGGCUGCUUCCCGUGGCUGGGGCGAGCCUGGGUGGCACCUGGGGCCACUCCGGCUCACCCAUUGCCAGGGGAAAUUGCUGCAGAGCCCGGGGACCUACACUGGUCCCGGUACCCAGCCCACACCGCCGCCACGCUGGGGCUGCCCUGCCCACAGCCCCUGACCACACGGCCAUCUCCAGCUGGGGACGCGGCACCUCCUCCCAGUCCAGAUGCGGGGUCUCCACUGCAGACCCCUGAAGGGAGGGGAGGUGUGCCCCGCCCCACAGCUCCCCCUCUGCGCACAGUCCUGCACCCUGCGCUCCUGCUCUGCUGCUUUGUCACCACAAUAAAGUGGGUUGGGGUUGAUCCUGC